AUGUCUACCACAUUACCACUCUUCUGGGACCUCUCAUCCACAAAAAAAACAGCUCGCAUUGAAGCCUCCAUCAAGCUAACUGGCGCACUUGAGCAUUUUCAAGCACAAUUCACACCAAAACCCGAGGGAGCGCAAGCAGAGACUGCAGCCCGAAGCGGCGAUGGUCUUGAUGUCCUGAAUGCGCAGGACGUGUCGUACUCGAUACGGCGACUUGUGCGAGGUCUUUCAAGUCCGAGGGAAAGCAGUAGGCUGGGGUUCGCAGUAGCUCUUACAGAGCUGCUGUCCCGAAUCAACACUGUGACAUGCGCCCAAAUAGUCGCGCUUAUUGUUGACUCGUCCAAGACACAAGGCUCAAUGACUGGGCAGGAAGAACGCGAUGCUCACUUCGCUUGUCUGUUCGGCCUCACCUCCGUAAUUCAGUCUGGUCUCCUGCUACGAAACACCCCGCUGCCGACGUCUGCAUCCUCUUCUACACUUGCAUCUAGUCUCUCUAGCUUCAAGGACGUUCUCACGCACUUGUUUGCUCUCGGCGAGAAGAAGUCAUGGCUUCGCGAAAGCGCCUGGUGGGCAAUUGGCCUUGCCGUAGACUCCCUCGGCAGCUCUGACGUAGCUUGGAAGGAAGAGGCCGUCGAUGCCGUCUUCCUGGCGCUCUUUUCUGAGAGGAAGUACUGGACGCCUGAGAAAGUUGCCCUGGCGUUGAAGCUGCAGAAGCGCUUCCCUACGCGAGACUGGAAAAAAUUGCUAACACCGACGUUCAAGCACACCGACCUACUCAGUACCGGAAAUCUCACGACGAUCGCUCGCAUACUAAAGGAAGCAGCCUCGGACGAGGAGUCGAAACCUGAUUUAUCGCAGACCGGAAUGUGGAAACCCCAAGUACACUUUGUAUGGGAUGUUCUACUAGACGAAGUACUUUCCGAGUCGAAUACUGGACCCGAUGCAAAGUGCUCAUUCCCCGAGUUCUUUAGGAUUACGGUGGACGAGUCCCUCUUCGCCUCCACGGCCUCACCCGAACGCAAGUAUUGGGGUUUCCAGAUCUUCCGGAAGGCGCUGCCGCGCGUAGCUUCCUCUGAUCUGCCUCUGCUGUUUACCAAGAACUUCAUGCGAUCCUGGAUCAAUCAUUUAUCGAACAGUGAUAGAUAUCUGCACAAGAUCGCAAGACAGGUGGCGACGGACAUACAAUCGGUCGUCAAGAACAACUCAACACUCGGCUUUACGCUUAUUUUGCAGCUCACCGGAGGUCAUGGCAGUCGGCAGUUCGACAGGCUGACCAAAACUAAAACUGUGGAGACAAUUCUGACUUCUAUGGACACCGGUGGUAUCGAAAACUACAUCAACUAUCUACUCGAGCAGAUCAACGAUGAAAGCGCCUUAGCGGACAUUCAAGCUCUCAAUGGGCGGCGCGCGUGGAUUCUCGAUCAGUUGUCCGCACUUAUACGAAAUGGCGCCAUCCCGAAGAGUGAUGGGUGGGUGCAGUUGGUCCUCGACUGGCUCGUCGUUCAUGGGUUGUUUGUCGCCAAGAAGAAGUCAGAUAAAAGUCCCAUCAAAGCGCUGCACCGCAUUCCUUCGCCGCCGUUCUCAGAUGACUUGAGGAAGGCGUGCCGCGAGCGUCUGCUGAGUUGUCUGGCUGAGUUGACAGGGCAGCUGACCGUCGUCAAAGAAGAUGACAACAAGACUUUGAAGAUGCCUGCAGUCGCAUCCGAUGGGGAGUUCUGGAUUGAGAGGGUGCUAUCGACAAUCGAUCAACUCGAGAAGGACACGAAACACGUAAGCCCCCUCGACGAUGUCGACGAAGAGGAGCUGGAGCUGCGACAGAAGUCACGGCAGAUAGCAGAGCGCCUGCGCUCAAUCACAGAUAGCCGGGCCGAAAGCGCGAAGGGUGCCAGGUUGCUGCUCUCGGCUACCUUGUUGCAUCAUUAUUGCUCUGACGAAGAUGUCGACUCGGCAGUACUCGAGGUAUCUACGCGCAUGUUUCCUGCUGUGGAAAAGAAGAACAAAAAGUCUAAGAAGUCGACAAGUAACGCAGCGGACAAUGCUGAAAGUCAGGCGGCGGAGCCGGUCGAUGUGCUUGUCGACAACGUGAUAGGCUUCUUGGAACAGGCGACUUCUUACAUGCGUGCGGUAGCCAAUCAGGUGUUCUCGUUGCUAUCGGGCGCCGUGCAGGAGAGCACGAUUGAUCUCAUACUGACGCAAUUGGAACGGCGCGAUCCGACUGAGGGGAUUGCUGACGAGGAGGACGAGGAAAUGGAAGAUGAUGAGAAAAGUGCCUCCGAGUCAGACGAUGACGAUUCGGGGGACGCGUCGGAGGAGAAUGAGGACGAGGAUGAUGAAGAAGUCGAUGAGGAGGAAGACGCGGAGCUCCGCAGAAAGAUCGAAGAGGCCUUGCGCGUCAAUGGCGUGGAGGCCACUGAUGGCAACAGUGAAGACGAGUCUGAUGAGGACCUGAUGGACGAUGACCAGAUGCUCGCUAUUGAUGAGCAGUUGGCCGCAGUAUUCAGGGCGCGUGCGAAUGAGCGUAAAACCGGCAAAGACGUGGACGCGCAACGGGAAGCGACUCACUUCAAGAACCGGGUCCUAGAUUUGGUGGAUACCUUUCUCAAGAAGCAGCCGACAAGUCCUUUAGUCGCCAAGACCAUAUUGCCUCUCGUGGAUCUUGUAGUAUCGACCGGUUCAGACGAGAAGCAACUAGCAGACAAGGCGUCUGGAAUUCUGCGAUCCCGUAUAGGAAAAUCCAAAGAGGCCCCUGUUAAUCUGGACAAGGAGCGGGCGAAGGAGGUUCUUGAGGAAUUGCACUCUCGAGCGCGAAAAACGCCAUCUUCUGACGUUCUUGCCACUUUUGCUCAAUGUAGUGUGUACUUGAGCAGGGCGCUACACCACGAGGGAGAGGAGGAGGCUGUCCUUGCAGCGUAUCGCGCUUCCCUCGCCGACUUUGUUACGCGUAAAGCUUCCAAGCUCAACACCGGUUUCUUCCUCGAAUUCGUACGCCGCCAUGCCGACAUUGCAUGGGGUCUACGAGACGAUCUAACAAGCAUCGCCGGGAAAGCUGUCAACCCUUACAGACAAUGCCAGGCCUUCCAAAUUUUGCAUACGCUAUUCAUGUCAUUAUUGGUUCCUGCCAGUCGCAAAGCGGAGUUCGUCGAAUUCAUUCCGACCUUGCGACGUACGCUACAAGACGUCAUCUCAGGCGCAUGCGAUGCAUCAUCUGCAUAUCAGACUCCACAAGUCAAGGAUCUGUUCAAGCUAGCACUCGCAGCCAUCCGCCUUUCGAAGCGUGUUGCCCCCGAGGAGUUAUCAAAGAUGUGGGAAUCCAGUACUUGGUCAGCACUCGCAGCGAAACUUGCGAACAGCGAUCGCUUCCGAUCGGCCCAAGGGCUGCAAUCCACAUGCAAACAGAUUACCAACUUGACGGCAAAUGACAUCAAGGCGGUGGACAACACGCCAGCUAAGCGCAAGGCAAAUGUGCUUGGUGAGGAGGAAGACCAAGUUGCAACGCUCAAAACAGCCAAGCGAAAAAAGGUCAAGAAGAGCAAAAUCCAAGCGUCAUGA